AUGAACGAUUAUCCUCAAAAUCUGCUGGGGUCAGGUGGUACAACCGUCCCAUUAGAGCACAAUACCGUACGUUUUGUUGAUAAUUUUAGUGCCGGUACACGUGGCUCCUCCUCAGCCGAAUAUUUCCUCGAUCACAAUUAUGCCGUGAUCUUUAUGCAUCGCCAAAAGUCCCUCGAACCCUUUACACGUCACUUUACGGGGCAACAAUUUUUCGAUAUGCUCGAUAUCACUGAUAAUGGCCAAAGUACCUCAAUUACGGUUAAACCCGAUUCCGUAGAUGUAUUUGCGCCCAUCUUGGCCAAAUAUAAACAGGCACGUGAAUCACAAAUGAUUUUGUAUGUCAGCUUUACCAGUGUCGUCGACUAUAUGUGGCUGUUGCGUGCUGCCUGCGAAUGUUUGGCAGCAUUUGAGGAGAGAGCGGUCUUGUAUUUGGCAGCAGCAGUAUCGGAUUUUUACAUUCCCCAAGAUAUGAUGCCCACUCACAAAAUGCAGUCGGGUGAAGGUGCUCCUACAAUUUCGUUACAAUUAGUGCCAAAAAUGUUGGCACCAUUGGUCAGUCUCUGGGUGCCACAUGCAUUUGUUGUUUCAUUUAAAUUGGAAACAGAUGAAAAUUUAUUGAUUACAAAAGCUCGUGAUAGUUUGAGUAAAUAUAAACAUAAGUUGGUAAUUGCAAAUAUUUUGCAAACACGUAAACAUCGUGUCGUUUUUGUGACGCCAACAACAUCCUAUGAAGUUCAUUUAAGUAGAGAACAAGCUUUACAAGGUCUUGAAAUUGAGGAACCAAUUGUUGCUGAUGUGGUACAAAAACACGGUGAAUUUAUUAAUUCUUGUAUGUCUCGCCAAUGACCAAUGUCAAUGCGACAACAGCGACAACAACAACGUCAUCAUAUACAGGCUGAUUGUCGCGUGACAACGCCACAUUUUUGUCGCUUAUUAAAUCCAGGACCAGGUAUUGGACGAAGAUAUUAAACUGAUUAGAAAAAAUUAAAAAAAAUAAAACAACAACAAAUUACUAUUUUACUAUCAUAUAACAGUAACAACAAUAAUAAUAAAAAUUUAUAUCAUCAUUUAAUUAGAACAUACGUAUGUUGCAGACAAAUUUAACAAUUCAGGUAAAUUUUUGUUUUUAAUUUUAUUAUUUCUUUAUAUUGUUUUUAGUUACGUUUAGUUUAGUCAAUGGUUUUUAUUUUUAUUACAAAAUAAUUAUCAAUUGUUAAAUUACAAAAAAAUAAGCUAAAAAAAGGGUCGUCUAUUUUUAAGUCUUAGCUCUGUAAUGUUUUCAUUUUUUUAUUAUUAUUAACAAUAUUAUUUAAUAUACAUUUAUGUAUUUUUUUUGUUGUUCUUAUAUUUUAAUAUAUUUAUUACAAUUUUACGUGUUAAGGGGUAAAAUUAAAUUGUGAAACAAUGCAAAAAAUAUAAAGGGAAGGAAGUAAGAGUUUAUUGAAAUAAGCAUUUAGUUUAGUCUACGUAGUUUAUAAAUACAGAAAAAAAAUAAUAUUUAUUAUUUUUUUAAGUAAACUCUCCCUUAUUUUCACUAUUACUACUUAUUGCUACUACUGUUUAGGAAUAACUAAAAUAAUAAUAACAAUAAAUUUAGCACAGUGGGUUACUUUUUUAUAAGAGUUAUAUUUUAAAUUUAUUAUUAGAUUUUCUAUCGGUCUAGCAAAUUAACAUAAAGUUGUUGUAGAAAAAAAAAAUUAGGUGGAAAUAUUAAAAUAUAGUUAUUUAUAAACAUGUAUUUUAGUUGAAGGAGUUUUUCCAAAUGUCUACCAUUAGUAUUUUAGUCCCUUUUGCUUUAAGGUUUCUAUAACAAUUAAAUAAAGAAAAUCUAGAACAAAUUCUGAAAUUUAAUAAACAAUUGAAAUUAACGCCAAACGAACGUAACGUAAUACCAGGAAACAGUUCUGUAAUUCUUAAUCCAGGUUUUAAACCUUUUAAGAUAGAAAAUUAAUCUUUCUAUAAAGGCUUUAUUACAUAAUAAAGUUUCCCUAUGAUCCUUAAAGUUAUGUUGUAAACAAUGCAAUUCAUGGUUUCCAUAACCUAGGAAAGCAAUUUGUACUACCAUAGAAGUUUGGGCCUCCAGGCGGGUUCAAUUUCUAUUUUUUUAAAACCUAAAUAAAAAAGCCUCUUAGUAAGGCUUUAAUUGAACCAUUCAUGCGGCAGUCCUUGCAAUAGAAUAUUCCGUCUGUCUUAUUUUCGGAUUUUAUUUCUGAAAUGACUCGGACGAUAUUAAGAAUAUCGGUCGUUUUAUAUUACAAAACAAAAAGUCUUAAAAGGCUAAGUGAAUGAAAGAUCAAGAAAAUGAAAUAUGUUAAGCAAUUAGUGCACCAAAAGGCGAUUGUGGCAGUUGUACAUUAUCCGCAACAGUAUUGUUCUAUAGAAGGUACCCCCUUUAGUGUUGGGAGAUCAUUAGAGACGUCCAAAAGCAAAACAAGACUUAGGAAUUCCGAAGUAACAGUUCAGUUAGUUACAGUUCAACAGGCAACUUUUCCUUAGCACUUGACCACAGAUUGUCAUCGGCAUUGAUUCUAUUACAUCGUAAAUGGAAGGAAAGCAAAGAAUAGGACGAAGAAAAGUGUAUGUAAGGCUAUAAGCCUAAACUAAAAAGAACUUAAUGAAUACCUUUUUCAAAAAGUGAGAGCUUGGACAAAACAUUAAAGAAUGUGAAUAAGGAUAAUAAGAAGUAUUCCAGCUACAGCCGAUGUAGCGUGCAGGAAUGACUCGAAUUAUUAGGAAAGGAACUGUUAAAUCCAACAAUAACUAGGAUUUAAGAUGGUUACUGAACUAGAAGUUUUUAAUAUAGAUAACUGGGACAUUAAAUGAUGAAUUCUUUACAACCAGGGAAAUAUUACUGCAUAUCCGAAGAAAUAAACCUAGUCUACUAUCGAAAAUGGAGUCAGCUUUUUAUCCGAGGUCUCUAGUGGGAAUCAAAUCCACAAUAUAACAAUUUGACCUCACUGACAGAUGAAAUCAAUGUCAUUCAUUUUGCCGCGUAGCCAUGGUACUGAGUUCAUAAGGUAACUUGACCUCAGAACUUUAUUAAAGCUUCUCGUAGACAUGACAUUAUUUAAGAUUCUACAACGUACAUAAUGCACAAAUCAAUGGCAUCGCGAAAAGAUAUAAACCUUUAAUGGAAAGCAAAGUAUAUGACGAUGAAAAGUGGCCGAAAGGUUUCAAGCCUUACACCUCAAACGUAAAGUGCUGAGAGUCCAGAUUUCUUAACCCUUAAAAGAACUCAAAUCAAGAACAAUAUUUUUUGUCCAUUUUUACUCGUGACAUUUCCUAAUGAACUCCUUAUUCUUGAAAAGUGACACCUUGGAUUGAAAAACAAAGAAUAUGUGGAAAUAUGAACAUUCUCAUGACAGCCGAUUCUACGUACAGGAAUGAAUUCGAAUUAUUAGCCAAUGGACUGUCAAAUCCCACAAUAACAAUGAAUAAUACAGAUUGCUGGGACUUGUAAACAUUAAAUGUUGAAUUCUUCACAGCUUGACAAUAUUGCAUGAAGGAGAUCUGUACCCGCAGUUUCCUCACCCUAAUGUCGUCGUGUUUGUCAACUGAAGAAUGCAUAAAGUCUGAAAGAUCAAGAGUGAUUCUGAUGAAUUUUGCCUCUUUAAGAACUGCAUUUAAAGAUCAGAAUAAAAAGAUUGGAAUGUCUGAGCCACUGAGACAAAGGAAAAUCUGGACAAGCUGUUGUCUGCUUAUCUAAAACCAUACUCCUUGUAGGGUUAUGUUUAUAAACAAACGGUAAUGGAUAUUAGUGAAAAUAUUGGACAAUGAAAACACUGAUCUAUGUUGAUCCAUUGUUGCAGUUUUCAGAAUAACUCAAACACAAUUAGUUCCACAGAAACCUCUUUCAUGAUCUGAACAGUUUUAAAGAUGUGUUAUUAAUUGAAGCAAUAAAAUAAUAAUAACUUCUAACAGGAACCACUAGAUUCUAAACAAUGGACUAAAGGAUAUCUGGACAUGCUGUUGUCUGCUUAUCUGUUGUUGUUUAUAAACAAAUGAUAAUGAAUAUAACUGAAAAUAAUGGACAAUAAAAACACCGAUCUAUGUUGAUCUGUUAUUGCAGUUUUCGGAAUAACUCAAGCUCAAAUAGCUCCUCAUAGUCAUCUUUCACGAUGUAAACAGUUUUAAAGAUGUGUUUCUAAUUGAUACAAUAAUAACUGAUAAGAUCUAACAACGAUCACUAGAUUCUAAAGAAUGGACUAAAAACAAGCUGUUGUCUGUUUAUGUGAAUCCAAACUCUAUGUUAAAUAAAAACACUGGCCUCCGGUAGGUUAGUGGUUAGAGUUCUAGUCUGGUAGACCGAAGGUGAUGGGUUCGAUUCCCACCUGAGGCACUGGUUAAGGAGCGCACAACAGGUCCGAUAAAGGCCUAGGUGUAUAUCUUUGGAUUUGAUGUAUAUAAGUACAUCCUCCUUUAAAACUAACUAACUAAAUGAAAACACUGAUCUGAGUUGAUCCAUUUUUGCAGUUUUCAGAAUAACUCAAGCUCAACUAGUUACACAGAAGCCACUUUCAUGAUCUGAACAUUUUUAAAGUUAUAAUAACAACUUCUAACAGGGACCAAUAGAUUCUAAACGAUUGACUAAGAUAGAAACACUUAUACAUAUGUAAGACGGCUUUGAUCUUCUUAGAUCUUAUAGAUAUCUUCUGUAUUUCUUCAGAUAUACUAACUAACAACUAUAUCAUAAUCUCUCUUCUAAAUAAGGCUACAAAUUUUGUUAAAAAACAACAAAUUUCAAUUGACAUAUCUACUACUAUUGUUCCUUAGAAAUCAACAUUUCAGUUUGAAAAAGAAAACCUAUUAGCCCCUUAAUAGAUAUCAUAUCUUGCAACUACUAAGAGUAGUUAUUAUAUUAUAUAAUAAUAUUUUGUAAACAUGUAACUACUACUAAACCCACUGUGCUAUUAAACAAACAUAUAAACUUUCCAAUUUAUGUACUAAAUAUUUCUUAAGAACCCCUUAAUAUAAUUCUUAAACAAGCCUAACUUAAAAAUGAUGAUAAAUAAAAUUCUACCAGAAUAUCUAAAAGAA